AUGGCUUUUAGAAGUUCCCUUGCCAUCUUCCUUGCCUUGAACAUCCUCUUCUUCAGCCUAACGGAAGCGGGCCGCACCCGUUGUCCACCAGCGUCUUAUGUACCAAAGCCUACCCCAUCCGCUCCAGCCAUCCAGACAUGCCCAAAAGAUACCCUAAAGCUCGGUGUUUGUGUUAAAGCGCUCAACUUAUUGAAUGUGACAUUAGGUGCUCCUCCGGUUAAGCCAUGUUGCAGCCUCAUUGACGGUUUGGUCGAUGUCGAAGCUGCGGUUUGUCUAUGCACCGCACUUAAAGCUAGCAUUCUAGGCAUCAACAUUAAUCUUCCAAUCAACCUUAGCUUGCUCCUCAACGUUUGUGACAGAAAGGCUCCACGCGGCUUCCAAUGCCCUUAA